ACAAAGGGAGUGGCUGGCAUUGGGAAAACAGUCUUAACACAGAAAUACACCCUGGACUGGGCUGAAGACAAAGCCAACCAGGACAUCCAGUUCAUAUUUCCAUUCACUUUCAGAGAGCUGAAUGUGCUGAAAGAGGAAAAGUUCAGCUUGAUGGAACUUGUUCAUCACUUCUUUACUGAAACCAAAGAAGCAGGAAUCUGCAGCUUUGAAGACUCCCAGGUUGUGUUCAUCUUUGAUGGUCUGGAUGAGUGUCGACUUCCUCUGGACUUCCAUAAAACUACAAUCCUAACUGACCCUAGAAAGUCCACCUCAGUGGAUGUGCUGCUGAUAAACCUCAUCAGGGGGAAACUGCUUCCCUCUGCUCGCCUCUGGAUAACCACACGACCUGCAGCAGCCAAUCAGAUCCCUCCUGACUGUGUUGACAUGGUGACAGAGGUCAGAGGGUUCACUGACCCACAGAAGGAGGAGUACUUCAGGAAGAGAUCCAGAGAUAAGGAGCAGGCCAGCAGGAUCAUCUCCCACAUCAAGACAUCACGAAGCCUCCACAUCAUGUGCCACAUCCCAGUCUUCUGCUGGAUCACUGCUACAGUUCUGGAGGAUCCGUGUUUUGCAUCGUUUCUUUCCAACCUCUUUGCCUCCUACUCCACUUCUUCCUCCUACUCCACUUCUUCUUCUCCUUGCCUGGCGGCCACAGCCAAUGGCAUCCAGCUUAGAGAAGCAACCCAGACAGUGGCGGAAACGGGCUUCCAUACGAGAGAGGGUGAGAGAGAAAAAAGCAAAACAAAACACGGCUCGGAUAAGGAGCUGGUCAAGAAUCGUCAAAGAAUCGGCUCUAAGAGCCGUUUCGUUUCUGACCGACACAUCACUACUACUGAUGGUUUCACUGCAUCUGUGUGCAUGGAGCAGGGUGAAGCCCCGCCUCCUUCCAGGAAUCACCUGUGUGUCCGUGUUUGGUCUGCAGCUGUGGAGCUUGUUGUUGGUGUUUGAAGAAACUAAGUUUGCUUUGUUUCCUCCUUUAACAGUUUAUUGUCAGGAACUUUAUGAGCAGAUCAGGAAGUGAGACGUUUGUAUUUAACGUUUGUAUUUAUUAAAUAAAACAAAUGAGAUGAUUUGAUUAUUGGCUGAAUCCACUCUGGUUAUCAGUCAGUAACUCUGCACUCAAACAUUUGUCUUUAAACAGUUUAAAAUGAUCUGAAUGAAACUUUGGAUCCAACAUCACUGGUGGAACAAUGAUCGUCCCUUUAACUGGAAACAGAUGAAACCAGUUUGUUCUUCAAAAGCUGACAUUCAGGUUUUACUGAGUGACGUCAAAACAACAUGAAGCUGCUCCAGCACAGUUCAGGGUCACUGCAAACAGAGAUAAUCAGAAGUAAAUACAGACUCUCACACACCAUCAAUAUUUAAGGAUGUUUCCACUGCGGUUUAAAUCCUACAUACACUUGAUGUUAAUGCAGGAGUAAAGUCUCUCAGACUCAAACACAUUUAAACCUCUGUGACUCAGGACUGUGUGAAUUGCACAAUCGAACACUUUUUAAUCUGUUUCAAGUUAAACACAAUGAAGUGUUCAAAGGAAAAACAAGUUACUAUGUGAAUCCUGCUGGAUCAGAGCAGAGGCUUCACCCUCACUCUGUACUCUGUCAGUCUGAGUUAUUCAUGAAGCACAAGGAGCUGAUGAUAGGCUGGUUAAUGUUGGUACACA